AUGUUACACACCUCUCCCCGGGUCGACACCCGCAAAUAUAUUCCUGUCGCCAGAAACAUAGCAAAGCCCAAGAUGGCAGCAUCCCAGAUCACGCUGUAUGACCUUCCGACGAAGAAGACCAACCCGCCCACAUGUUGGUCCCCCAAUGUUUGGAAGGCUCGCUUGGUCCUGAAUUACAAAGGUACUCCAUACCAAACAACAUUUCUCAAGCAUCCAGACAUUGAACCUACAUUGUCGUCGAUUGGCAUUACCCCGAAUCCACCAAUGGGACCAGCAGGCCCUCAGUCUCGUUACACUGUUCCAGCAAUUCAUCUUCCCGACGGAACCGCUGUCAUGGAUUCUGCACGAAUUGCACCCAUUCUUGAGAAGAGCCACCCGGAGCCCUCUUUGCAUCUGGAGAAUGGUCUACAUGAACAAGCAGGACCGAUACUUGGGCAGGUAGCUCGUCCGCUACUCGGUGUAUUCUACCCGCUCAUCAUGCGCGAAGUAUUACUCGACGACGUCGCACCGUAUUGGCGCGCAAAGCGAGAAGCUGCUUUUGGCUGUACCAUCGAGGAGUUUGAGGCUGCCAAAGGGGGUGAGGGUGCUUGGCAAGCAGCACAGCCAGGGUUCGAUGCAAUGGAAAAGUUCUUAAAGGAUAACAAGAAAGACCAAGGUCCAUUCAUCUUGGGCAGUCAGGUCUGCUAUGGCGACUUCAUCAUUGCUGCUAUGGCCGAGUCGAUGAGCCGUAUCAACCAAGCUCUCUACGAUCGCCUGAUAGCUUCUUGUGUAGGGGUUCAGGAAUUGCAUGAAGCUUGCCGCGAAUGGUUCGAGAAGGAUACCUGA